AUGGAGAAGGCUUUUCCAGUGGAUGAGCAUCCCUGCACCAAGUACACUUUCGACUGCCAUUCAAACAAUUGGGAAGAGCAUCGAUCGACAUUGAGACUGAACCGAGAACCAUUUGGCGAGGGCGGAAUGCGACUUGUCUACCGUGCUCGCGAAAUCUUAGAGGAUGGCUCUGAAGUUGAUGCCGUGGUAAAGAGGAUCAAACCAACGAGUGGUCUAAAGCCAGAGGUGAACUACCACGAGGCGAUGACGCAGAUGGUGGCCGACAGCUAUGCACAAGAAUUCAAUAAGGCCUGUCACCAGGCUGGUCUUCCACACAGAUUGGCAUUUCUUCCAGUCUCAGUUGUGAAAAUUCACGGUUAUGAGGAGCCACUCUGCUUGGAACCCUUCCUCACUGGAGAUUAUGUGAAACACAGCGACAAUGCAGGGAGAAGAGAGACAGAGGACGAAACUGCGGCGGCCUUCUCUUACUUCACCUACAUCCUAUCCGGAAAACUCUUGGUGGUGUGUGACAUCCAGGGCGUUGGAACGUUUUACACCGACCCGCAGAUCCACACCGUUCAUGGCGAGGGCUUCGGUGCCGGGAAUCUGGGACAGGAAGGGAUCCGGCGCUUUCUGCGGACGCAUCGACACAACCUUCUCUGCGAACAGUUAGGCCUCCCAAGUCCUGAUGAAGGUCUGUCGGAUGAAGAGCUUGCCCAGAAGUUCCAGGCGCAAGAGAGCGAAGAUGCCGCUUUAGGCAGCCAGGACCCGAUGAUUACAUUGGUUCCGGGCAUGGGCCAACUCGCUGAUACGACAUGGAGACCUGAGAAGUACAAUGCAGGUCUAUCGGCCAUCACUGAGCUUUUCUUGAGACGCUGA